AUGGAGCAGAGCAGAGAGCUCAGUCUUGUCCUCGCUUUCUGUUGUGUUUCAGCAUUAGAAGACCCCUUCAACAGCCGCCCUCCGUCCCAGCCUCCUCCUCCACCAGCGCGGCACAGUUUCAUCGACCUCUCCUCCUCUUCUUCGUCCUCAUUCUGCAACUCCUCCACAUCCUCAUCCUCUGUCACUGCACGACCACACAGGCCCUCAUCUGGACACGAGCACUUGCUGUUAACCCCCGACACGGUGUUUGACAUGCUGAACAGUGCUGCUCCUCUGCCUCCAGUCAGACGACACACAGAACACGUUAAAGGCUCCAGAGGCUGCCUGGAGUACGACCAUUUACCAGCCAGUCAAGUAUCGAUGGACUGUUUGCAGGCCCCUGCCAGGCCGCCCAAACCACUGCCCAGAAAGAUCCCUCCGGACAUUCAGCCGAGCAAACCCCACAGUCUAGAGUCAGAGAACGUGGACGCCAAAAUUGCCAAGCUGAUGGGGGAGGGUUACUCUUUCGAGGACGUGAAGCGGGCACUGAUGAUCGCCCAGUACAAAGUGGACGUGGCCCGACACAUUCUGCGAGAGUUUGCCUUAGUGGCCCCGAGGCUGAACCUCUAGUCUUAGAGACAGUGAAAGGGGAGCACAACAAUGAAGCUGUGCCUCUGAAUGAACUGAACUAAAAGGGCUUCUUCAUUCUGCUCGGCCUGGGACUGUUGUAACUACAGUUAUCAACAGAAAUAUUUCAAGACACUUGCCUUUUGUUGCCGAACAGAGACGACGAUGCACAACAAAGUGGCUAAAACCAAAUCACAGUAGAACACAGAGAAUCAAAAAAAGGGAGAAAAGACCAUCUGUGAAUGAUUUAAACCUGUGAAAAAAAGAAACCAGGCUUGGUGUUGUUUACAGUGAGCUGUGCCGGUGCUGGCCUCUGGUUUUCAAACGCUCCUGUUUGUCUCCAGGCUUGGACUGUAUGCCUGUUUAAUGGCCUGAUCCUGCUACUGCUGCUACUGUUCCUUUCACAUCCUGCCACUCUCCUGAUUAGGUUUGAAGGGCCUUUCAAUAGAGCAAGACAUCUCUAGCUCUUUUUUAGCCGAACAUGCACAGCCAAUGUGUAGGGGUCAUUUUUAUUUACAACCAGUGGGGGGAGCCAGACUCCACCGUUUCUCUUCUCUAACUCCUUUUUUACUUUCCUCUCUACAUGUCUGCUAUUUCACCCACUCUCUGCUCUUCCUUCGUGUGUUGCCCAUUAGAGGAUACUCCAUUAUUUGCCCAAGGUCUGGCUGACUUGCAGGUCGUAACAAGGUGUGGUGAGUCAGGAGCAGUUAAAUGGAGCCAGAGGAUGCCUUAUUGAUUCACUUGUUUCCCUCAGACCUGGAGAAAACUGUGCGACAGCUCCAGACGAGCACUCUUGUUGGACUUGGUAUCUUAUUUGGACAAGAGGAGGGAAACAGGAAAAGGAUAGAAGGUUUAUUUUCUCCUUGUUUCUGUUUCAAGACUAGGGGAUUCAUCAGCUGGUGCUUUUUUUUUAACUUUCUUCAUCUGAGCACAGCAAGCCUAUGAAUGUAUUCAUUCUGUUUGAGUGAGCUACACCUUUGUACACUGAGCUCCUCUCAGGCCCCCAUCUUGCCCUUUAAUGACUAAGUGGUGGAAAUGUUUAAUGUUUGUGGAAUUCUCUUAAUUUCUCCAUGACAAAAGCCAGAGUGCCUGCAUUUCAGCUCAAGCAUUUAAAUGACAGGAGUGAGCCAGACGUCGCUGAUAGAGACGAUGUGCUCUGCAGCCGCCUGUCGCCACUUCAAUUACACAGCCAUCAUGUGCUGAAAAUGUCCACAUUCCCCACGUGUCUGAGGAAUCGCUGUCAGUCUGAUUUGCAGUAAUUAUGCAUCUUCUCUGUGGGGUUAUAGUGUGAAUACAGCAGAGACGAACAGAGUACUGCAGAGCAUUCAAACACUGAGAUGAGUCAUAUGCACCUUCACAGUGCAGUAGCGUGAAGUUAAAAGCCCCUUAACCCAGAAUCUGGAAUCAGGUGUAUUUCUCCAUAAUGACUGCAAGAUAUCUCACUAGUGCAAAUAUUGGGUUUGUUCAAAUGCAAAAUUAUUUUUUAUCCUUUUUCCUUUUCAGAGCAGUAUGCAAGCUGUUGGCAGAUCUGUGACAGAUCUGUUAGGGGUGCAGUUUGCAAUAAGACAGGGCUAUGUUUACCCGGCUGUUGUUCUCAUACUAAUUAAAGGAUAAUUAGAGUUUGCAAUUUGGGAUUUAAUUUUAUUCUUUUGACCAUUGGUUAUGGUAACAUUGUAUUCACCAAAAUAAUUGUUCAGACCUGGAUCUAGGAACACUGUGACAUCAAUACAUUUCUACAGAUGAGGACAAACUUUUUUUGUUUCUUCCUCCACAUAAGUUUGUCUAACCUGGGGAUUUGUUUAAAACAUGUCUGGAUCCUCCCGUUUAUUUCCCAGUUUGCAACCCAGUUGCAUGAAAAAGUAUUGGCACUGUACGUUUCUGCAAACCACGGAUAGAUUACAUUUGUAUGUUAUUAUGUGUCCAGUAGCCCUUUUAACACAAACAUAGUGCUACAGGGCCGCCAUGAAGUCCCUUUUUCACGCAGUUUUACACAGAACCAAACAACAGCAGCAUCAUGCAGCUCCACUGUGUGAUUUUAGACAGCAUGCCAGCAGCAUCAGCCUCCAGUGUGGUGUAUAAUAUAUGCGUCGACAGUGGCAUAACAUGGUAAUGACAAUCAUUUACCAUCCCUGUUAUAUGGCGGCUGAUCCUGUCCUCUGCUUGGAGGAGCUCUCAACCUCUUCUUUGAGUUAGCUGCUAACUGCUGUUAGUAGUUUUUUCUCCCAGCAGUGUGUUGCACACAUAACACACUGUCGAAACAUCACACCAAUCCGGUCCAUGGUCCCACCCUACCAGCUGUUCUUUUUUUACACAGACGUCAAUUUGGUGCUGUUACCAUCCCCUUUGCUUGUUUAAAUGUGAGACAACUCUGUCCCCUCAUUCCACAAUUGUAUCUUUUAUACAGAAUGGCGAGGCAGAAUAACAACGUGAAAUUCCCAUCUUGAACAGGCAGUGCAAAAGGGGUGAUUGAAACUUUACAUUUCAACAGCACUGCAGUUAACACAUGGUUAUGUUUAGGCACAAAAGCCACUUGGUUGUGGUUAGAUACCCACUUCUGAUGGCACAAUCCCCGCUGGAAACACAGCAAUGUCUCUGUAGAAAAACAGCUGCUUUUCGUCACUAUUCCCAGUGGAAAUAGUGAUGACUCGAUAAAAAACAACAGGUGUUGUUUGUUCGUCUACAACAGUGGUCUUGCCUGACAAGCUAUAGACCACACCAUCCACCAUCCCCUCCACCUCCAGAUGACAAAGUCAGCUCAUAUAAUAAUGAUUAAUUAUGACGUUGAUAUGAUACAUAUGAAAUGUCCAAAUGUAACAUGGUUGUGGUUUGCCAAGAUGUACAAUGCAAACAUUUUCUACUACUACUACUACUUUCUGCCACAUGGGCAGCAAUCCGUUGUCUUUUUAACGAGGGUUGGGUUUCCAGAUCUCAGCAAUUUGAUGAUACAGUGUUCUCCUUACUGAUAAAAACCUAUAUUAUUCUGGUUAGGUCUUUCAUUAAGUUUACUACCUGUAAAAUUUAAAAUGUGAUGACUGAUGACCUCUUGAGACCCUGUAGUAUUUGCAUCCAUAACAGUCGGCACUUCUUCACUGGUUACAGCUAGAUUAUUUAAGAAAAGCUAUUUUAACAAAUUUUAACGGAGAAUUUAUUGUCUGUGAAACAUUGGGCUAACAGAGGUAAACAUUUUAUCUACUGGAGUGUAAAUAGAUGGGUAGAGUGGAUCUUUUCUUCUUGAAAGUACAAUGUGAUAUGUCAAUAUGAUAUGGUAUGUCAUCCUAACUAAUGUAUACCAGGACUGUAGUAACUUUUAUUAUAUUAACAGCCGAUGCAGCAAGCUGAGCUAGGAACCUUGAGACUGUGCAGCAUGUGGGUCUGUGUGUUUCUGAACGAACAAGCAGAGGAAGACCGGGAGAUCCCUUUGUCUGUUUGUACUGAGGUCCCCCCUUUGUGCCUUGAGCUAGACCACAGUGUACCCAGGGACGAGCCGAGUAAACACAGCGACACACAGCACUGACCCAUUUUCACCUCCACGCUCUCAUUUUUUCUGCAGCCAUUACUAUGCUAGCAAAAUUCAUUUGAGAUGAUGUAUUGUAGUUUUCCUAAUAGAGGAGCCUUAGAGUGUUGAAUGAUGAGGUCUCACACAGUGUUCCUGGUUAAAGAUCGAAUAGUCUGGCUGCAAAAUUGGAAAUGAAAAGGUUCAGCUGGAACGUUCGGAUAAUACAGCAGGAGAAAAUGAUGAUUCCUGUCCUUAAUGACACAGCUCACUAACUUUUUUUAUUUUUUACAUCCACUUCUAUUCACAGAGUGAGAGUGUGAAA